AGAUGGCAAAGCUUUAUUCCUAAUCUUGUUUCAGCUGCUAAAACUAGUGAAACAAUUUGUGAGAAUUGCAUGGCUAUAUUGAAGCUUCUAAGUGAAGAGGUGUUUGAUUUCUCAAGAGGAGAGAUGACUCAAAGUAAGAUAAAGGAGCUUAAACAAUCAUUGAACAGUGAAUUUCAACUCAUUCAUGAGCUAUGCUUAUAUGUACUAUCAGCCUCUCAAAGAGCUGAGCUUAUACGUGCAACACUCUCCACAUUGCACGCAUUUCUCUCAUGGAUUCCCCUGGGAUAUAUAUUUGAGUCUCCAUUGCUUGAAACGCUGCUGAAUUUUUUCCCCAUGCCAUCGUAUCGGAAUCUCACUCUUCAGUGUUUGACAGAGGUUGCAACACUUAAUUUUGGAGAUUUCUACAAUGCCCAGUACGUUAAGAUGUACACCAUAUUCAUGAAAUUGUUACAGGUAGGUCCAAAAUGAAAUGCUUAUUGUAGUACUAUCUUUGGUUGGCUUACUCAUCACAUCAUUGUCCAGUUUUUUCUUUUAUUUAAUUGUAUGUCUUGUUCCUGUGUUGCUAUUAAUAUUUUUUUUUCUUCCUUUUGGUUAGACCAUGAUUCCUCUUAAUACAAACAUUCCUGAGGCUUAUGCAAUUGGUUCCAGCGAAGAGCAGGCUUUUAUUCAGAAUUUGGCUUUGUUUUUCACUUCAUUUUAUAAGGCAAGUUUUUUUCUUUUUUCCCUUUAUACUUUCUUGAUCUUAGUAUUUACCACGUUUUGUUAUAUUUAUAUCUCAAUGGCCAUCCUCUUAUGGC